AAAUUUACCAUGGUCAACAGUAAUGAACCAACUCAUAGCAAUGUAAUAUAUAUAAUUAUCAUUAUCAGUUCCGUACUACUUAUCAUGGCCAUAUUAUUUGUGAUUGCAAUUACUUAUAUGAGACGUCGACUAAGAAAUAAUAAGCGUGUUAGUUUCACACGAUAUAAACCCUCGGAAAGCCUAUUGGAAGUGCUUAGGGAUGAGAGACUACUAUUUGACGAGAAGGAUAUCACCUUAAAAGAGGUGGUAGGCGUCGGAAACUAUGGCUGUGUAUAUGCCGGUGCUCUCAUUCAACUCGAUACAGUCGGGCACCGGGAUGUGGCCGUCAAAAAACUAAUUAGUUUCACGCGAUAUAAACCGUCGGAAAGCUUAUUGGAAGUGCUUAGGGAUGAGAGACUACUAUUUGACGAGAAGGAUAUCACCUUAAAAGAGGUGGUAGGCGUCGGAAACUAUGGCUGUGUAUAUGCCAGUGCUCUCAUUCAACUCGAUACAGUCGGGCACCGGGAUGUGGCCGUCAAAAAACUAACCAAAAGUCAGACAAACGCCGAAAUCGAGACAUUCAUCAAAGAGGCGAUAGUUAUGAAGGACUUCCAGCACAAGAAUGUCUUGCAAUUGAUUGGCGUGUCCUUUCAGGCCAGGGAUAGCUCACCGAUGAUACUCAUGCCUUACAUGAAGAACAAG